GAUAAGGAGCCUCGUGGGAUCAUCCCCUUAGAGAACCUCAGUAUCAGAGAAGUGGAGGAACCCAGGAAACCAGUGAGUGCUUCAUGAUACUGCAUCAUAGCCCUUAUGAACCGUUAUUAUGUCACUAUUAUAUUAGGUGGUACUGGUAGUCAACCUCAUCCACAAGGUUCCACUCAUCCAGUGGAGAAACCCAACCCAUGAUAUCACCAGGGGUCAAAAGUCAACAUAGUCUUGCAUAUUUCUAGUAAUGUAUUUGACCUGGAACAUGUAACCUAGUUGGGGAUGGGGUCUCUCUAAUGUUGGGCAAUACAACCACCCUUUCACCUCCACCUUGUUGGGAUUAUGCUACAAUGCUACCACCCUUUCACCACCACCUUGCCCCCCCCCCCCCAGAACUGCUUCGAGCUCUACAACCCCAACCACAAGGGUUCGGUGAUCAAGGCGUGUAAGACGGAGGCGGACGGCCGGGUCGUCGAGGGCAACCACACGGUGUACAGGAUAUCAGCGCCCACGACUGAGGAGAAAGAGGAGUGGAUCAAAUCCAUAAAGUAAGACUCCUGACCGCCACAUACACUAUCUAGGCUGCAAUGCUAGUUAGCAUCCCUCCACUCCCCACCACAUUCACUAUCUAGGCUGCAAUGCUAGUUAGCAUCCCUCCACUCCCCACCACAUUCACUAUCUAGGCUGCAAUGCUAGUUAGCUUCUCAAAACCACUCUCCACCACAUUCACUAUCUAGGCUACAAUGAUAGUUAGCUUCUCUCCACUCCCCACCACAUUCACUAUCUAGGCUGCAAUGAUAGUUAGCUUCCCUCCACUCCCCGCCACAUUCACUAUCUAGGCAGCACUGCUAGUUAGCUUCCCAAAACCACUCCCCACCACAUUCACUAUCUAGGCUGCAAUGCUAGUUAGCUUCCUAAAACCACUCCCCACCACAUUCACUAUCUAGGCUGCAAUGCUAGUUAGCUUCUCAAAACCACUCUCCACCACAUUCACUAUCUAGGCUACAAUGAUAGUUAGCUUCUCUCCACUCCCCACCACAUUCACUAUCUAGGCUGCAAUGAUAGUUAGCUUCCCUCCACUCCCCGCCACAUUCACUAUCUAGGCUGCACUGCUAGUUAGCUUCCCAAAACCACUCCCCACCACAUUCACUAUCUAGGCUGCAAUGCUAGUUAGCUUCCUAAAACCACUCCCCACCACAUUCACUAUCUAGGCUGCAAUGCUAGUUAGCUUCCUAAAACCACUCCCCACCACAUUCACUAUCUAGGCUGCAAUGCUAGUUAGCUUCCCAAAACCACUCCCGACCACAUUCACUAUCUAGGCUGCAAUGCUAGUUAGCUUCCCAAAACCACUCCCCACCACAUUCACUAUCUAGGCUACAAUGCUAGUUAGCUUCCCAAAACCACUCCCCACCACAUUCACUAUCUAGGCUCUAAUGCCAGUUAGCUUCCCAAAACCCCUCCCCACCACAUUCACUAUCUAGGCUACAAUGCUAGUUAGCUUCCCUCCACUCUCCACCACAUUCACUAUCUAGGCUACAAUGAUAGUUAACUCCCCCAGGGGAAAUCGGGAAGGAUUCGUUACCGCUUAAAGCACCCCGUGGGAUGGGGAGCGAGCCCAGCUAGCCUGACCAGGAAAGGAGGCUCAAAACUGCUAGUUAGCUUCUCAAAACCACUCUCCACCACAUUCACUAUCUAGGCUACAAUGAUAGUUAGCUUCCCUCCACUCCCCACCACAUUCACUAUCUAGGCUGCACUGCUAGUUAGCUUCCCAAAACCACUUCCCACCACAUUCACUAUCUAGGCUGCACUGCUAGUUAGCUUCCCAAAACCACUCCCCACCACAUUCACUAUCUAGGCUGCAAUGCUAGUUAGCUUCCUAAAACCACUCCCCACCACAUUCACUAUCUAGGCUGCAAUGCUAGUUAGCUUCCCAAACCACUCCCGACCACAUUCACUAUCUAGGCUGCAAUGCUAGUUAGCUUCCCAAAACCACUCCCCACCACAUUCACUAUCUAGGCUCUAAUGCCAGUUAGCUUCCCAAAACCCCUCCCCACCACAUUCACUAUCUAGGCUACAAUGCUAGUUAGCUUCCCUCCACUCUCCACCACAUUCACUAUCUAGGCUACAAUGAUAGUUAACUCCCCCAGGGGAAAUCGGGAAGGAUUCGUUACCGCUUAAAGCACCUCGGGGGAUGGGGAGCGAGCCCAGCUAGCCUGACCAGGAAAGGAGGCUCAAAACUGGGCUAAAGCCCCAGCGCUUCCCCCCUGUAGCCACAGAGGCUAACAAGCACCAUGCAGUGUGUGUGUGUUAUCUUCUCCAGAGGUAGUCAAGAAGGAUUUAGCCAAGAUAAAAGGCUUUCAUGUCAUUCACAUUUCCUCAGUAAAAUAGGGAUGGUCAUAUAGUCAAUCUCCUUAUCCUCUUAUCUUUAAUCACGAUUUAGGACAGUUUUUAAAUAAACAGUUAAGACUACUUUUAGGGGACAAUCUGUGUGAGUUUGGAAAAUUCUGAACUGGACUAUGAAGCUCUUAUAUAACUGUAUCAAAUACAUUUUAUGUAGGCUAACUCAAUAUAUUUGCUAUACUGUAGCGCCAUUGUAAUAAGUCAAUAUUUGGUAACAUAUUCAUAUCCAUUUCAAUGUGUCGCAAUGUCUUUUCAUGGAUAAACUUGAUCCUAUUUCAUUCUCUGUUUAAUUUAUUUCCAGAAAGAAAGGCACCCCGGGGUUUCUUCUUUUGUUUUUCUGAAAUUAGGUUGCGGUAAAUAACCAAACCUAAAAAAAAGGAGAGGAAUUGUUGUCAUAGCUCAGAGACAUAGUCAUAUAUGGGGCUCAAUGUAAAGGGAGUAAGAGAGAGAGAAUCCACAGUGGGGGGUUGAGCCGGUUUUGGCUUUGUGCUGGUGCUAACAGGAUUUUACACCCGUGAAACUGAAACUGCGCUCUGUGCCGGAGCCAGAAUGGCUCUCUGACUCACUUCGCUUUGUGCAGAGUGCCUUCUCUCCCAGAAAAAAAGAGAAGGGAGUGUUGAUAAUUUAGAGCGCUAUUGUUUCCCCUGCACUCCAACCUAUAAACCUGGAAAACUGCAGAGAGGAGAGAGUGUGCUAGAAUGAGAACACUUGGAAGGGUUCUAGAACAGGGAAUCAGGGAACGACAUUCCACAGAAUCUCUGAAAGAGAUGGAACCGGAGUGCUGAGGAAAAUAAGAAAAAAGGGGGUGGAUAGGUUCUCUUCAGAAACCAUGGAAACAAAACUAGGUCACCGAACAAACUUUAAUUUUUUUGAUCUAGUUAGUUAUUAAGGCAUGGGUUUUGUAGAAAUGUGGCUGCAUUUCCAUAUCAAAGAUGCUCAAGUUUCCCCUUGGCGUAUUAUUAUAUAUUUGUUUUGAUUGGCUGUUCCAGGGCGAGCAUCAGCAGGGAUCCCUUCUACGAUAUGUUGGCCACCAGGAAGAGACGGAUCGCCAACAAG